AUGAGAUUGAAGGAAAGCUCUGGGCAGCUCAGAUUGUGGAGCUGGUUCCUGCUCUGCUCCGGCUGUAUGUUGUCUGUGUGGGCUCAUGGAGGACAGCAUGGAGAACCAGCUGCUUCAAAUCAGGAGCCUCCACCAAUCAUCCGGCUGGACAGGAAUAUGGUUCAGGAUAAAGACCACAUCAUGGAGCAUUUAGAAGGGGUGAUUGAACAGCCAGAGUCGGACAUGACCCCUCAAGAGCUGCAGCUUCACUACUUCAAGAUGCACGACUACGAUGGCAACAAUUUGCUGGAUGGACUUGAACUCGCCACUGCCAUUACUCAUGUUCAUAGAGAGGAAGGAGCAGAUGAAAGCCAGCCAAUGAGAGAAGAGGAUCUCAUCAACCUCAUUGAUGACGUCCUCAGAGACGAUGACAAAAACAAUGACGGCUACAUUGACUAUGCAGAGUUUGCGAGGUCUCUGGAGUAAAAGACGAGAGGAAGAGCCGCUGCCUUACUGUGAAUGCAGAUUACCUCUGAUGUACAAAUCUCCAGCACAUUUCUUCCUAUCUGUGUGUGAUUUCACAUGCUUCAAUAUAACCUUUAUAAAUGUCAGACAAUGAAGUGGUGAGGGUCAUAAAGUGAGAUGUUUUGUACGGAUUCCAUCAGUGUAACAUGUAUUCAUAGUUGCACUCGCAUCUGCAUAUGUCUUGUCACAAUUGAUCUUAAUGUAUAAACUGCCAAAUUUAUCCACUGUAAACAAGCAUAAAUUAUGUUGUUAUUGAAUAAAUCCUUUGCGGUGACACUCUCCUGCAAAGCUGAUUGUUAAAUGAA